UCCGCCCCACUUGGCCCAGCCUGGGAAUCCGGAGCCGCCAGAGUUGCGAAGUAAAAGCAGGCGAGGGGGCGGUCCCUCCGGGCAGGCGAUGGCACAUAAAGCGGCCGGGGCCCUCUGCCGCUCCUCCUUGCCCCGCAGUGAGGGGUCCGCGUCCCGCUUCCCGCGCCCACCUCCCGCCACCUCCCGCCCCGCUGAGCGCAGCGCCCCGGGCGAACUCGGGGGCCCCGAGUCGCCAUGGCCCGUAAGCUCGGAGGGCGCAAGACCACCGUGGCCUUGGGGCUGGUGGGGCUGCUGUUCACGGUCCUAGGCGGUGUCAUGAUCUUCGUGGUACCCCAGCUCAUCCGAAACCAGAUCCUCAAGAAUGUCAAGAUCGACCCCAACAGCCUGUCCUUCGAGAUGUGGAAGGAGAUCCCCAUCCCCUUCUACAUGUCCGUGUACUUGUUCCACGUCCUCAACCCAGAACAGGUGCUGAAGGGGGAGAAGCCCAGCAUUGAGGAGCGGGGGCCUUAUGUGUACAGAGAAUACAGACAGAAACGAAACAUCACUUUCAAUGACAAUGACACGGUGUCCUUCUUAGAGUACCGGAGCUUUGUGUUCCAGCCUGAAAUGUCCAAUGGUCUGGAGACUGAUUACAUCGUGGUGCCCAACAUGUUGGUCUUGGUCUCCUCAAUGAUGAUGGAACACAAACCCAUGUCCAUGAAGAUGCUGAUGAGCCUGUCAUUCACCAUGUUCGGUCAUCGGGCCUUCAUGAACCGAACAGUGGGGGAGAUCAUGUGGGGUUAUCGGGAUCCCCUCAUUGAUCUGCUGAAUAAAUACUUCCCUAACCUGCUACCAUUUAAGGAUAAAUUUGGCUUAUUUUCACAGUUAAACAAUUCCAAUUCAGGACUAUUCACUGUGUUUACGGGGAUCAAAGACUUCAGCAAAAUCCAUCUGGUGGACAAGUGGAACGGUAAGAGCAAGUUAAACUACUGGAAUUCAGACCAGUGCAAUAUGAUUAAUGGGACAUCUGGACAGAUGUGGGCCCCUUUCAUGACUCCAGAGUAUAACCUUCAAUUCUACAGCCCAGAGGCUUGCCGAUCACUGAAUUUUGAAUAUGAAAAGUCAGCAGAGUUCAAAGGUAUUCCCACUUUUCGGUUUGUGGCUCCUAAGACCUUAUUUGCCAACGGCACCGUCUACCCACCGAACGAAGGCUUCUGUCCUUGCCUGGAUUCGGGAAUCCAGAACAUGAGCUCCUGUCAGUUAAAGGCCCCGCUCUUCCUUUCCCACCCACAUUUCACAAACGCAGAUCCGGUGCUGCUGGAGUCCGUAAUUGGGCUGCAUCCCAGCAAGGAAGAACACUCCUGUUCACUCGAGGUUCACCCGGUCACUGGCAUCCCCAUGAACUGUUCGGUCAAACUGCAGCUGAGUUUGUAUGUAAAGUCCAUCCCAGGCAUUGGGCAAACAGGAAAAAUCAGUCCGGUGGUGCUUCCUCUCCUUUGGUUUGAAGAGCGUGGUGCGAUGGAAGGCCAGACCCUGAAUGUGUUCUAUAACCGACUGGUCUUGAUGCCCAAGUUGGUGCAGUACCUUCAGUAUGUCUUGAAUGCCUUGGGCUGUCUUUUUAUCAUCAUCACUCUCAUUCUGGUCAUCAAGAAUCAGGAAACAUUCUUUUUAUUUUGGAGUAGUAAUAAAAAGGUCUCAAAGAAUUCAGAGACCAUUCAGCCCUAUUCAGAAUCCCUGAUGACCCCUGCUCCUAAUGGGACAGUGCUGCAGGAAGCCCGACUGUAGAGGACACCCAGCGCUGCUCUCCGUGAAGGGCUGGGCCCCCAAUCAGACCUGCUCUCUGAUUCCCAGACUCCCCUCCUCCAGGACGACCCCCAGGAUGGACAGCCUGCCAGCAGCAAGUCCUGAGCAACCUCUCCUGCCUGGCCAUGGCAGCCGUGUGGCCGUGAUGUCACCCUGUUAUACAUACAACCAUGACCACACAUGUUCAUUGCGUGUGUUUGUGUAUAUGUAAGAGGGUCAGAGGCUUGCAAGGACAGAAAGGACUUCAACCUUGAGGACUCUGAAUGUGGGCAUUUGGGGAUGGGAGGUUUUAGGAGAGCUCAUCUGGGGAACAGCUUGACACCUGACUUUUCCAGUAAUUUACCCAUCCCUUGGCCUGUCCAAACCCCAGGACCCCUAAACAUCUCAGAGGUGUUAAGUCUGGUCCUCCCCUGCCCCUCUCCUUGGGCACUUCUUUCCCCCUUUCCCUCCCUCAAAAGGAGCCAGGAUGAACCAUGUACUGCACAACCAGCCGAGUGAACACAAGCUGAAAUGAGCCUUACCCAGAUCCCUGUUCCCUCUCUCUUCCCCCAUCCUGUGUAGUAAUGUCUUCAGUGCCCUGGCCCUGAAAGCUAGCACUUCCACCUUAUGAUAGCUCACCCAGGUUGGACUUAGAGGCUCACUCCACAGAGACUAGACUUGCUGCUCACUUGGGGCCUCUAUGGCUUGGGCACCCAGGGCCCAAGGCCACCACUGGUGGGACCCCUGGGCUCCCUGGUGCUGAAGGGCGGGAUCAGUGGGCAUUUCAUUACUGAGCCCUCUUAACAACUUGUGCUCUAGGGUGGAAGACCCAGGGUCUCUCUCCAAGUGGUCAUUUUAGCUUCCCAGGGUCUUCACACAGACAGGUCUGGUUUUUUAAUAUUUGUGUCACUUUUCAUCAUUUUUCUAUCUUCUGUUUCAAUAAAUGUCGACUCCAGAGGGAUGUGUUCCUAGGAGAUUCCUGUUGCCUUCUUGGGGAUGCUGGGUACCACCCUCCUGACCCCCAGCACUUUGUGCCUUGUGCUCCUCCAGGGAGACAAGGCAGGGUUGGGGGGGGGGAAGAUCUCAGGGCCCCUACAUCCCCUAGGAGCUGGAAAAUGGAUGCGUUGGCUUCCCUCGGGUGGGGGAGACAGCAUUUCUGGUCUCCUGGACAAACAUCUGUCCCUUUUUUCACUCUUUUUCUACUAGAAAACAAGAUGAAAUCUCAUUCACUUUAAAAGGAUAAAUUCACUUUAAAAUAAAAAUGUGAAAAA